CGUGUUUGAUGGGCUUUGAUGGGAUGUCUAGGCACACACCUCAGGGGGCUGGAGACCACAGCCACAUAUGACCCAGCCAUGCAGGAGUUUGUCUUGAACAGUCCCACAGUCAGCUCCAUCAAAUGGUGGCCUGGAGGACUUGGAAAGACCACCAACCAUGCCAUAGUUCUAGCCCAGCUUUAUACUCAGGGAAAUUGCCACGGCCUACAUACUUUCAUUGUACCCAUCCGUGACAUGGACACACACGUCCCCUUGCCAGGUAUUGUUGUUGGAGAUAUCGGCCCCAAGUUUGGCUUCAGUGAAGUAGACAACGGCUACCUGAAACUAGAGAACGUGCGAAUCCCACGAGACAACAUGCUGAUGAAAUACGCCAAGGUGGAGCCAGAUGGAACAUAUCUGAAGCCACCAAGCGCCAAGCUGACCUACGGCACCAUGGUGUUCAUGCGCUCCUUGAUUGUAGGCAAGUCAGCCCAGGUCCUCUCCAAAUCCUGCACCAUCGCCAUCCGCUACAGUUCUGUUCGACACCAGUCUGAAAUCCGUCCGGGAGAACCAGAGCCUCAGAUCCUCGAUUACCAGACGCAGCAGUACAAGCUCUUCCCUUUGCUGGCUAUGGCCUAUGCCUUCACUUUUGUUGGCCAGUAUAUGAGCCAGACCUACCACCGCAUCAGUGGAGACAUCAACCAGGGGGACUUCAGUGAGCUGCCCGAGCUCCAUGCCCUGUCUGCUGGCCUGAAGGCCUUCACCACAUGGGCAACCAACUCUGCCAUCGAGGUGUGCCGCAUGUCAUGUGGCGGCCACGGCUACUCCCGCAGCAGCGCCUUGCCCGACAUUUACGUCAACUUCACCCCUACGUGCACCUACGAGGGAGAGAACACAGUCAUGAUGCUGCAGACUGCGAGAUUCCUGGUGAAGAGCUACCAGCAGGCUAAGGCAGGACAGCAGCUGAGCGGCAUUGUGUCAUAUCUGAAUGAACCAAAGCAUCAGAGGCUCCAGCCCCAGCCUGUCGCUGCCAGACCAACCGUGGUCGACAUAAAUGACCUGGCUAGCCUGGUGGAGGUCUACAAACAGCGAGCUGCCACUCUAGUUGAUCUGGCAGCUAAGAGCAUCCAGCAGGAGUUGCAGCUCAGGAAGAGCCAGGAGGACGCCUGGAACAACAGUGCUGUUGACCUGGUCAGAGCCACAGAUGCCCACUGUCACUAUGUUGUAGUGAAGCUCUUUACUGACAAGCUUGGGGAGGUCGGUGACACAGCGAUACACUCUGUGAUGUCGACCCUUGCUCUGCUGUAUGCCCUGAAUGGCAUUAAAAACAACUCUGGAGACUUCCUACAGGCUGGACUGCUGAAUGUGCCCCAGGUGCUGCAGGUUUCUGUUCGUGUCAAGGAGCUGCUGUCUCAGCUGAGGCCCAACGCUGUGGCACUAGUCGAUGCCUUCGACCACCACGACAGGAAGCUGAAUUCGGUCUUGGGACGAUAUGAUGGCAACGUGUAUGAGAACUUGUUUGAGUGGGCUCGCCGCUCACCGCUAAACUCCACAGAGGUCCAUGAAUCCUUCCACAAGUACCUGAAGCCCCUGCGGUCCAAACUGUGAGCACCUUGAUUCCUGGCUGAGACCCAUCAACACUGCAUUUAUAAGCAC